AUGGCUGACAAUGAGGACUUCGAUUUUUCGGCCCUGGCAGUGAGCCGCUGGAUUUGGGCGGCUUCCAGCGUGCAGAAGAUGCCAGGGGGCUUGCAGAAAGUCUUGGGAGGUCAAUGGAACCCGCGUUACAUGGUGCUGGGCGCACACACAGGCUGCCUGCACUGGUUCCGUGAUGAUGGGCCCGAGGCGAUUUUGGGCCAAGAGCGAGGACAUUUGAGCCUUGCCGAGGUAUCAAAGAUUGAAUCCGUCAUCGACGAUGAGCCAGACACCAAGCGGCUGCUUCUGUGGGAUAUGCUGGGAAAUCCUGCUCUCACGGUCCGAGCAAGCUCGGAAGUUGUAGAGGCAUGGAAGAAGGCACUUUCCGCCGCUAAGAUGCACAAGACGAACGUGAAGGAAGGUAUGUUCACGUCCCAUGGGUGGGUCGAUGCCUCCUAUUCUGAGCAUGUCGAGCCACCGGAGCCGCUGGAGGUGGACACGUGCAUCGAGUACGAUGAUACCAGGGUGCCCUUGAUGGGCUUUGCCUUCGAGUCUCAAGAGACGGCUUCGGGCCCGCUCCAGUGCUUUGCGCUGGGUGCCCUGGGCACCUUGGCUGGGCCGAAGCUGAAGCUCAGGUGCCUGGUGAUCUGCCGAGGCAGGCUCUUGCGCUUCGAACCACGCGAGUUUGCGCUGCUGGGCGAAGCGAAGGGCGAAGUGAAGCUGGCGACGUUGCAGAAUGUCGCGCACCAGAACUCCUACGUGAUCGCAGAUCAGGCGCGCGUGAGGCUGAUCUUCAAGACCCCCAACGCGCAGAUGUGGGCGGCAUGCCUGCGCAACGCAGACGCUUUUCUCUGCCCAAGCCCAUGCGCGCAGGACGAUGCGUCCAAGCCUGGCAGGUCUCAUUCUAGGCUGGCGCGGCUCAUGCGUGGCAUGAGCAGCCUCGUCAAGCAGCACACACUUCCGUUGCUGUGGUGCAAUGGCAUUGUAGUGUUGGCAUUGCUCUUACAAGGCUCCGUGUUUUUUUGGCUUUUCGUUCUUGCCUUGAACCUCCUGACGUGCUGGAAGACCGAAUCUGACCUCCAUAAGCCUGUCCAGUCGGCCACAGAGACAUGCAGAAGUGAUGAGCUUGACUUUGCAGCCUCCUUGCACCCCAUAGCCGUCGGCUCCAACGCAGGGUGCGUGGAGGAUGGUAAGGCGGAGGGCAUUCUCGUGCGCUCACACGGCUACAGCACCCACAAGCAGAAAGAAGGAUCCCAAGAGGCCAUGUACGAGCUACGACGUGCAUUUACUCUGGCAGCCCCUAGCACCUCCAAACACUCCCACGUUGCAAGGAUUGGGCUUGAGGUGCUUGGGCUGGAAGCGCCGGCUCCAUCCGAUCUGCCAACGUACUGCAUCGUCAACCUGCAAAUCCCCGACGGGGCCCCAAACAUUCUGCAAGGAGCAGAUGCCAAGUGCAGCUCAGCGAUCUUUUGCUUUGCGGCCCGGGCCGGCACCGAGUCCGCGAUCCUCGAGCCCGAAGGUCGUCAAGAUCCUGCACUGCAACUACUACGCCGAUUCUGCCGCUGCGCCGAAGACGACAACAAGAUGAGGAACAAGCUCAAGGCACUCUGUCAAAUUACUGACUCGAAGAACUCCAUUCCAUCUGUGUUGCAAAGCCUCAGCGGCAAGCCGGCUCUCCUUGGGAAGUCUGCAAAGAUUUACACUGGCCCCGGCUACAUUGAAAUCGACAUCGACAUAAGUUCCUGCGCCUACGUGAAUCGCUUGUCCCUCCAUCAGAUGCGGAGCCAGCUCGGCUCUUUGCAGCUGGAUUUCGCGCUCAUUAUCCAGGGCGACUCAGAUGCCGAGUUGCCGGAACGAGUGUGGGCAUCUUCAACGCUUCGCUUUGUGGACCUGGACGAGAUCAUGAAUGCGCCAGUGAGCCAGGGCCCUCUUCAGAAACAGUCGGAGACGACCUCCUUGCACAAACGGCCUCCUGCGUCUUUCUUUGACUGA